AUGGCGGACCCGUCUGAGAAGACGGACCUCGAGCUCAAGGCGCCAGAUGCCCUCGCCGCCGCCGUGCAGCCCACCAUUUCCAACGACAGCCAGCACACGCGCCCUGAGCCGACUACAAGCAGUCCGCCGAUAACUGGUGCUGAAGCCAGCAGCGGUGAUGAUGAAAAAAUCGAAAAGGGCCCCGAGGACAUCGGCGGCCGAAGCCGACCCAACGAACUCAACCUGACCAAGAGCUAUGCGACCGAUGCGAGCGCCGCGACGGCCGCCACUGCGGCUGCCGCCCAGAACGUUCACAAGCCGUGGUACAAGAGGACGAACCCGUUGCGCUGGGGCGGCAUCCCCAAAGUCCCCGACGAGCGCCUCGUGUCGCGCGAGUACCAGGCCGGCUUCUUCAGCAAGUUGACGUUUCAGUGGAUGACACCACUCAUGUCGACGGGGUAUAAGCGCCAGCUAGAACAAGGCGACAUCUGGACCGUCAACCCCAACCGUGCGGUCGAGCCUCUUACAGUAAGCGUCAAGGAAGCUUUUCAGCGUCGCGUCAAAAACGGCCAGAACAAUCCUCUCUUCUGGGCCCUGCAUGAGAGUUUUCGCUUCGAGUUCUGGCUCGGCGGUUUCUGCGCCGUGCUGGGCACCGUCCUGCAAGUCAUCUCGCCUUUUACCCUGCGCUUUCUCAUCCAGUUCGCGACGGACGCCUGGGUUGCCAAUGUAUCCAAUGGGCCGGCGCCGCCCAUCGGCCACGGAAUCGGGUUGGUCAUUGGCAUCACCCUCAUGCAGAUCAUCCAAAGUUUCUGCAUUAGCCACUUCAUUUACCGCGGCAUGAUGCUGGGUGGCCAGAGUCGCGGCGUCCUCAUCGGAUUGAUCUACGAAAAGGCCAUGGUCAUCUCGGGCAGGGCCAAGGCCGGCGGUGUUCGCGAAACCCUGAUGCCCGAGACGGACGAGACGGACGAGAAGGAGAAGGAGAAUGAGGGCUCUACUCCAGCAGCCAACGCUGGCAAAUCCAAGACGAAAAAGGGCAAAAAGGACAAAAAAGACAAGGGCAAGAACCCACAGGAUGGCCUGGGUUGGGCCAACGGCCGCAUCGUCAACCUCAUGAGUGUCGAUACCUACCGCGUCGACCAAGCCUCCGCCCUCUUCCACAUGAUCUGGACAUCACCCAUUGCCUGCCUGAUCACCCUGAUUCUCCUCCUUAUCAACUUGACGUACAGCGCACUCGCCGGCUUUGGGUUGCUGGUCAUCGGCGUGCCCGCCUUGACGCGCGCCAUACGAAGUCUGUUCCGGCGCCGCAAGAACAUCAAUAAGAUCACCGAUCAGCGAGUGUCUCUCACCCAGGAAAUCCUGCAGUCAGUCCGUUUCGUCAAGUACUUUGGCUGGGAAAAGGCAUUCAUCGGGCGGCUGGGCGAGUUUCGGUCCAAGGAGAUCCAUGCUAUCCAGAUCCUCCUGGCCAUUCGCAAUGCCAUCAACGCCGUGAGCAUGUCCUUGCCCAUUUUCGCGUCGAUGCUUUCGUUCAUCGCCUACUCCUUGUCGAAUCACAACCUUGCUCCGGCUCAGGUCUUCUCGUCGCUCGCGCUAUUCAACGGCCUUCGUAUCCCGCUCAACCUGUUGCCUCUGGUUCUUGGCCAGGUGACCGACGCCUGGUCGUCUCUGAAGAGAAUCGAAGAGUUUCUCAUGGAGGAAGAACAAGAGGAGGAUGUGAUCCAUAGGCCAGACGGCGAGAGUGCGAUUGAGCUGCACGAUGCCUCCUUCACAUGGGAGAGAACCCCAACGCAGGACCCUGACAAGGGCAGCAUUGGCAAAGACAAGAAGCCGACUGCCCCCAAGGCAGGCAAGCCGCAGGAGGGCCAUCGCCCAGCCUCAUCUGGAGAGGACACGGCCAGCACCCUAGUUGAGGAGCGAGAACCGUUCAAGCUGCACGACCUGAACUUGCGGGCAGGUCGUAACGAGCUUAUUGCUGUCAUCGGCACAGUCGGCAGUGGCAAGAGCUCUCUGCUCGCCGCUCUGGCCGGUGACAUGCGCAAGACGAGCGGUGAUGUCGUCUUCGGCGCGUCGCGAGCGUUUUGCCCCCAGUACGCCUGGAUUCAAAAUACAUCGCUGCAGAACAACAUCACUUUCGGCAAGGAAAUGGACCGGGACUGGUACAAAGAAGUCAUCCAAGCAUGUGCUCUUCAAUCCGACCUCGACAUGUUGCCAAAUGGAGACCAGACCGAGAUUGGAGAACGCGGCAUCACCAUCUCAGGAGGACAGAAGCAGCGACUGAACAUUGCCCGCGCCAUCUAUUUCGAUGCGGACGUCGUUCUGAUGGACGACCCCCUCAGCGCUGUCGAUGCCCAUGUGGGUCGACACAUCUUCGACAAUGCAAUCCUCGGGCUGCUCAAGGACAAGUGCCGCAUCCUCGCCACCCACCAGCUCUGGGUGCUUUCGCGCUGCGAUCGCAUUGUAUGGAUGGACGCCGGCAAGAUCCAAGCCGUUGAUACCUUCGACAACCUCAUGCGCGACCAAAGCGGCUUCCGGACCCUCAUGGAGACGACAGCAGUCGAGGAGCAGGAAGAGCGAGCAGAGAAGCAAGACACCCCUGUCGUGGACGCCGAAGCAGAAAAGAAGAAGAACAAGAAGAACAAAAAGGGGGCGGCGCUGAUGCAGCAGGAGGAGAAGGCACAAGCAAGCGUCCCGUGGUCCGUCUACGGCGCCUAUGUGCGAGCCUCAGGGUCCAUGUUCAACGCCCCCCUCGUCAUCUUCGUCCUUAUUCUUUCGCAAGGAGCGAACAUCAUGACGAGUCUCUGGCUGUCGUACUGGACUUCCGACAAAUUUGGCCUGUCUACAGGGCAGUAUAUUGGCAUUUAUGCGGGUCUUGGAGCCUUCCAGGCAAUCCUCAUGUUCCUCUUCUCCGUCCUGCUGUCCAUAUUGGGGACCAACUCCUCCAAGGUCAUGCUCCGCGAUGCCGUCACUCGCGUUCUCCGGGCCCCGAUGUCCUUUUUCGACACCACCCCUCUCGGCCGCAUCACGAACCGCUUCUCGCGCGACGUGGAUGUUAUGGACAACAACCUGACGGAUGCGAUCCGCAUGUACUUCUUCACACUGGCCAUGGUAAGCGCCGUAUUUGCGCUCAUCAUUGCCUUCUUCCACUACUUCGCCAUCGCUCUGGUGCCACUCUACUGCCUCUUCAUCCUCGCUGCCUCGUACUAUAGAGCGUCGGCACGUGAGGUGAAGCGAUUCGAGUCCGUCCUGCGGUCUCAUGUCUUUGCCAAGUUCGGCGAAGGCCUCAGCGGCGUGGCAUCUAUCCGAGCAUACGGACUCAAAACGCGAUUUGUCAACGAGCUGCGGGCCGCCAUCGACGAGAUGAACGGGGCGUAUUACCUCACUUUCUCGAACCAGCGGUGGCUGUCCAUCCGCCUCGACAUGAUUGGCAACGCCCUUGUCUUCACAGUCGGAAUCCUGGUGGUCACGUCUCGCUUCAGUGUCAACCCGUCGAUCGGCGGCCUCGUGCUCAGCUACAUCCUGGCCAUUGUUCAGAUGCUGCAAUUCGCCAUUCGACAGCUUGCCGAGGUAGAGAACGGCAUGAACGCGGUUGAGCGCCUCCGCUACUACGGUACGCAGCUAGAGGAGGAAGCGCCGUUGCAUACUGUCGACGUGCGAGAGACGUGGCCUGAGAAGGGCGAGAUUGUCUUCAACAACGUCGAGAUGCGAUAUCGGGAGAACUUGCCUCUGGUUCUACAGGGCCUGUCCAUGCACGUCAGAGGGGGCGAGCGAAUCGGCAUCGUAGGUCGCACGGGUGCCGGCAAGAGCUCCAUCAUGAGCACGCUCUUCCGCCUUGUCGAAAUCUCGUCAGGGUCCAUCACCAUUGACGGCGUUAACAUCUCCACGAUCGGGCUGUACGACUUGCGCUCCCGGCUUGCCAUCAUCCCGCAAGACCCAACACUGUUCCACGGCACUGUUCGGAGCAAUCUCGAUCCUUUCGGUGAGCACACCGACUUGGAGCUCUGGUCUGCUUUACGACAAGCAGACCUGAUCCCCGCGGAUGCGUCUUUCGAGGACCGUAAGACAGACCCGUCUCGCAUCCACCUCGACUCUAUCGUUGAGGAGGACGGGCUCAACUUCUCGCUAGGCCAGCGCCAACUCAUGGCCCUGGCCCGUGCCUUGGUGCGCGGCUCACAAAUCAUCGUGUGCGACGAGGCGACGUCGAGCGUCGACAUGGAGACGGACGACAAGAUCCAGCGCACCAUGGCCACGGGUUUCCGCGGCAAGACGCUCCUGUGCAUCGCCCACCGGCUGCGCACAAUCAUCGGCUACGACCGCAUCUGCGUCAUGGACGCCGGGCAGAUCGCCGAGCUGGACACCCCCGCCGCGCUGUGGGACAAGGGCGGCAUCUUCAGGGGCAUGUGCGACAGGAGCGGCAUCCGGGCCGAGGACAUCCAGGGCGCGAGGGAGGGCCUCCUCGAACUGGACACGGGCGCGGCGGGGCCGAGCGGCGCGAAGUAA